AUGUCAGACAACGAAAACGAACCGACUUUCACUUUCCCCGAGAUCACAGUUCACCCUCCUGAUGGAUACCACCGCGAUAAGCGCUUCAAGCUCGGUGAAGCGGGAGAGAAAUUCAUCCAACGUCAUGUCACACAAGCUCGCGAAUUGGUCGCAACCUUCAGUGAUCCCCAACGAAGGCCAACAAUCUCCAGUACGGUGUAUUCAAGGAUGAAAAGUGAAAAGUUCGCGCAAUGGAAGUCAAACGGUCUCGCUACCGAUGCCGACACACAGACGAAAUUUGAGAGAAAGUGGAAUAAUAUCCGUAAUCAGAUUGUCUCUCAACGCAGGUCCGACACGAUCGCGAGGAGGACACCAGCAAGCGAAGGCUUGACACCGCCUCCAUAUCUUGCCUCGACCAUCAACGCGAUUACCGCGCGUUCGCUUUUUAAUGAAGAACAUGGAGAGGCUCACAGAGCCGCCGUAAUACGCGAUCGUCGCACGAAGGACGAAAGUUCCAAGCAACAUGUUGGGCGUCUGGCUGAGGCUUUGCGGGCCGCAGAAUGGCGUUCGCUAACCCCCGCCCAGCAAGCCCAAUAUGAGGCCAAAGCAGAGGAAGAGCGAGAGAGAAUCUACGGAGACAUUGAAGCCUGUCAGAUGGCUCUCUUGAACACCAUUAGACAGGUCGUCACGGCGGCGGUGGGGACGAAGCCAGACCAGGUCGGACACGCCGGCUUUGCUUUCCAAUUCAUGUUCAACACGAAGGAUGGGAAACGGAGGUAUGGCGGUGCUGGACUCGGCGAAUGUGACCGCUUUGGCGAGGCGCCCGAGUUCAAGGAUAAACUGUUACCUGUCUUCUAUCACUUUGCCAAGGACCGUGUUUCACGAAGCCCUCCUGCGGAAGUUGAACCCGACGACCUCUAUGAGGGUGUUUUCCUCGCAAUGAAUUAG